AUGGAGCCUGGGAAACUCUUGGAUCCCCCGUCAGACACAAUCAGCACUCCGGAAAACCACAAAAAACCCCAUGAAUGCUCAGAGUGUGGGAAAUCCUUUGCUCGCAGAUCAGUGCUUUUUACCCACAAGAAGAUCCAUAUGGGAAGUGGAUCCAGUCAAGGUUUGGAGGGUGAGAAAUCCUCUGGAACAGACACCAAAGGUCUCAGAAAUCCCCCCAGACUAAAACCCUAUAGAUGUAUAAAAUGUGACUUAUGCUUUGGUCAAAAGUCACACCUUCUUACCCAUCAGAAAACCCACACAGGAGAGAAACCCUAUCAGUGUCUUGAAUGUGGGAAAUUUUUUUGUCAGAAAGCCACCCUCAGAAACCACGAGAGGCUUCACACAGGGGAGAAAGGGGGAAAAAACGAAAAGUGCCUCGAAUGUGGGAAAUGUUUUAUCUGGAAAUCACUCCUGGUGCGACAUCAGAGAAUUCACACCGGAGAGAGACCCUAUGAAUGCCCAGAAUGUGAGAGACGAUUUAUGUACUUGUCUCUACUUCAGAGGCACCAGAAGGGGCACAAACAGGAGAAACCCUAUCAAUGUGGGGAAUGUGGGAAAGGUUUUCUUACACAAACAGAGCUUAAGAUUCAUGAGAGAAUCCACACAGGGGGAAAGCCAUACAAAUGUGGGGAGUGUGGGAAAUGGGAGAAGCCAUAUCAAUGCAUCGAAUGUGGACAAUUUUAUUCUACCACAUCACACCUUAGAAGUCAUGUAAAAACUCACACAGGGGAAAGAAAUUACAAAUGUUUAGACUGUGGGAGAACAUUUGCUCGUUCAUGUUCCCUUAGAAACCACAGCCGAAUCCAUAUAGGAGAGAAGCCCCAUAAAUGCUCGGAGUGUGAUAAAUGUUUUUCUCGGAAAGAUACUCUUGUGAUACAUCAGAGAAUCCACACUGGAGAGAAACUAUAUAAAUGUCCAGAGUGUGGGAUAUGUUUCGCCCGAACAUCAUCACUUCGCAAGCACACCAGAAGUCACACAGGGGAGUCGCCUUACAAGUGUGCCAAGUGUGAGAAAACCUUUCGUAGUAAAUCUCACCUAAAAAUGCAUCAGAAAGUCCAUAGUAGAGAGAAACCCCUUCAGUUGUGA